AUGGCUGGUCGUUAUGCCAAAUUUAAAGCGUCCUUUCCCUUUACUCCUGAUCCAGAUUAUGAAGGAGAAAUUGAAAUUGGCGAUGGCGAUGUUAUUUUUGUGGAUGCCUACGAAUGGGGUAACGAUUUUGAUGCAUGGCUGGAUGUAGCUUCUACAGAUUGGAUGACAGGUACCAAUCUUCGUACUGGCUUAAAAGGCAUGUUCCCUGGUAAUUAUGUCCAAUUUGUCCAAUUAAUGGAUUCUCCAUUGCCAUCCAACGUCGCCAACACUAUGCCGUCGCUACAACAUGUUCAUCAGACUAUAUCCGAAGACUUGGAAGGCCAUGGGCUAAAUUGGUGUAUCAAAUGGCCGCCAUCGCCUAAUGCUAUACCAAUACAUGACGAAAAUAGCUUCUCUAGGAACACAAGGACUGUCAUGGCUUGUCGGGAGUUAUUCUUUCGAAUAACUCCCUUCCUAUCUUACACGUCGGAUAAUAAUGAAUGUGUCCAUCAUGGUCGAUAUGGAAGACAACAACGUCAAGACGCCUUAAAAUGA